UUGGCCUUUGAAACAAAAAAAAUACUUGUAUCCCUCCUCUGGCACUUGUGUAAGAAGCGCCGUUUUCAUUUUUCAUCUUACUGGGCUUGCUCAUCGUUGGUUCACUUCGUUCUAAACAUUAAAGAUGCUCCUCACGAAACCGUAUAUGAGCGCGUUAGGCAUUGAUGUCGAGUUGGGAAAUGUACGAGUUCACGGAACAAAUGCCGAAAGGCCAUUCGACACUCUUCAUUUUGAGUAAAGUUCCACCGGUUUCUUUUUUUUUUUUGGAAGUUGUAAUAACGUUCACUGCUUCUAUUUAGUUUCUUUCUGUUUGUUGAGAAAGAAGUAACGGUGAACCUAUUCUGACCUCUGAACUUUCCAACCAAGAUCACCGUUCGAUGGGUGCGGUUUUGCUGCUCGUCUUCCCUCUCUUUCCGUGCGUACGAUCAACAUCCAUUCAAAAAUACCCAGUCGAUCCGUAAUUUUAUUUUCACGAUUUUUUGUUGAUAUUUCCCACCCAUGUAGGUGGGAAAAGCACGUACGUAAGGAGUGCAUAUCUAUUUUAAAUCGGCCUUUUACUCUUGAAAAGGGAAUUUGAAUUCCGCGCUGGCGUCCGGAGAUCGUCGAGAAUACCGUUCAGUACAUUUCGUUUAAACAUCCUAUUCAUUGGCCUUAUUGCUAGAAAACAGACAUUUGAUUGCGACAUUUAAAAGGAGGAAGACCACGAUUUGCUUAAAUUGGCAGGUGGAAACAGCCAUAUCGUAUGGGAUGUUGGUAGUGGCUUGACCUUUUUGAACUUACCAUUGCGCACAACCGCUUGGUUCUGAAAACUUCUGCCGCAAACGUUAUUCCGUUAUAUUUCCGUCCACUUUUACCAGUCGAUCUACCGCUCUCGGAUUCUGUUAUCGCCAGACUAGCUACCUUCACUGUUUAAUUCAUAAUACGGCUUAAUUUCUGACAUCAACAUGCACCAUUGAUUUGACGAAAUUGCCAAAUCUCAGGGACUCCCGCAGUCUGUAAUGGUCGUUGACGUCAUACUUGCAUCUUUACGCAGAUAAAAAAAAAAUUACCAUCUUUUUUUUGGUUGUGUGUGUGCAGUGAAGGGAAAAUAUCGUGUCACUAGAUAUCGUUUCCGGCUGUCAGUCUGAACGGCAGCUGUGUCUAACUUUCUCAUUUAUGCAAACGAGUUUUCUCCAAGGUUUGGCGCGACCACUUGAUUUAACCGCGUCUGUUUUUCUCGUCUGCGGCACAAGCCGAUUUCUGUUUUCUACGUCAUACCGAACCCACUAGACUUCCUAUAGUACCUUUCGCUAAGCAAAUGGGUGUCGAAAACUAUCAGGUGGGUGGGCCGGUGGUAUGGGUGGAGAAAGAGAGAACGGAGAGGGGGGCGAAAGGCGGAGGAUCCGCAUUGGGGCCUAAUUAUUUACAGCCAAGCACGUCGCCAGGUAGGUUUUCGAUAGGUAUACAAAAGAGGACCACUAUGGAACAGUUUUCAUCAGUCGUUCGAGAGACAUCCGAAGGUGAACUUGGUCCCAAGUCCGGUGCAACGCAAACUUUAUUUUUGCUUCCAGUACUCCCACUACGGAAUACAGUGUUCGAAGCUUGAAACCCUCAUCUGAAUUUGUCGUGAUUUUAAAUACUUUCAAGAAACCUUUUUUUAUCACGCUAAAUACCAAGAUGUACAAAUUAUCAAGAAAUUGUUUGCUGUGCCUCUUAUUGGCUGCAUCCAUGAUUGCUGCAUGCUCAGCCGCUGCUGCUGCUGAUCCUGCUAUUGAUUCCAAACCGGCUUUGCUAAAUUCUGCCGAUCAUUCGGAGAAAAUCAAGAGCAGAGAAAGUCAUGCGCUCAAAUCUGAAGCUUCGUAUGCCAAUUAUUUAAAAUCACCGGCUGCCCCGUCUCCAGUCCCAGCAACAUUACCGCCACCUGUAGCAGGAGUUUCAUUUCCGUCACGAGCUUCACCAGCUGUGCAUCCAUCAUCUCACCCGAUUCCAGUCCCUGCCCUGUACAGUAACCCUCACGAAACCACCAUGGGCUAUGUCUAUUAUUACCUGCCUCAAGUGGCAGAAAAGUACUACCCCAAACUUAAGGAUUUGAUGCCUUACGUCAAAAAUUACGGACAUUCCCUGUCUCGCUUCUGGAAAAACAUGCCCAGCAUGCGACAGAUGGCUGACAGGACUUUCGACAUUACAUCAGCCGUUGGAUUGGUCCUUUUAGCUCCCGUCAUGUUGAUUUCCAGCAUUCUCUUCUUGGGUUUCAUUGUCGUCCUCUUCCUCUUUCCCGCUGUAUCAGCUUUUGGUCGAAGACGCAUGGGGCGCGACCUGUCUGGCGUAGAAGAUCUCAACGAAGUUUUUGAUUUCGAUCGCUUUUUGCCAGCGGAACAGUCUAGGAGAUUAGCUUCGUUAGCUGCUCGCGUAGACAACGUGCUUGACAACUACAUGCGCGCGUUAAAGAGCGACACAUGCCUCGAGAAAUUCUCAUGUCAAGCUGGACACAUGACUAGCCGAUUGGGCAAGUUUACAGAGCCCAUUAUCACAUUUCUGGAGCCUCUAGUUCCUUCUUACAUGUACAAGAAGCUAGAAGCGUUCAAAAAUGGCGCUCGUAGUGGCAACGCCGAUUGCAGCGAAAUGAAAUGCAAGCUUCCUUUCUUUGGAUAGAGAAAAUUUACAGCCUCAAAUAAUUGAAAACAUUCAUCUAAUUAUGUUUCUUUGUUUUUUGUGUUCUUGUUUUAUGUGUAACCUGCCCCCUAUUUUUUUAACUUAUGUGACUUGAAGUCCUUUUUUUUUCAUGCUAAGGCAAGCUGGCCUUGCUGGUUUUAUCCAUUAUGUUCAAGGAACCUGAUCACUGCGAGCUAAAUAAUACGAAUAAUGUCACAUUGAA